ACAGCAUACCCGAUCUUGAGGCGUCGCUUGUGCCGCAUAUUGUAGCUACCGCUGACUUUGUUGACUGGGUGCUUGGAAUCGGCGACAGGGAUUCCUCGAAGCAACUUCAGUUCUCCUCAUUCGAUAACUUUUGCACCUUCACAGCGGCUACGAAUGAUGGUAUAGCUUGAGUGGAAGUGCUUCGAGCGGCGCGGGCUUCUCACUCUCCAAUUUGCAUCGAGCUCAACAGCCCCGAGACUCCAGCCAGCUAACCUGUCACGAUGAACGCGCACACUCGCUUCGCCCUCGCUGUGAACACACACGGCAACCUCAAGUUUCUGCACGACAAGACCCAGGCAAGCAAAGACAACAAUACCCACAAGACCGACAACCAGGCUGCCGAAGUCACCGUCGCGAUGAAGCAGCGUCGAGAUUCGAAAUUCUCAAGAAAGAUGAAGUCACUGCUUCCAGGCAAGAAGACCAAGGCUGAGCCGGCAUCCGAGGAGGACGAGGCUGAACGGAAGCGCUCGACCAUGGCCCAGCUCGUCGGUUCGCACGCGUUUGUGCAGUUGGGGCGACGCUAGACCGACGCGUAUAGGACUCUAGCCUUAUCGAGGCGAUACUGUUCUUCGGUUUAUUUGAUUUAUGGAAUAGCUACAGCACUCAACAGGAAAGUGUUCGUAUUAAUAAAAGGAAUUUGUAUGGCGACAAAAGGACUUUAAAAACCUGAACAUCCACAUAUUUGGCUGCCAAAA